AUGGAUGCUGAAUUACGACAGCAAUAUUCAGACGAGUCCUUGCGAGGAAUGCUCAAAUCGAAAGCCGUGAUGCAUGAGGAACUUGAGAAACAAGUACGGAGCUAUGCUCCUGCAUCCUGGACACAAGACGGGUUAUCAGAAGGCAUCUGGUCGAGGACACUCCCACUCAGAGAGUCCCCGGCUAGGGCGCGCAAGACUCCCGACGAAUAUGAUGUUCAGAGAUUUCACAAUCAACAAGAAGUAAUAUCGAUUUCAAUCGUGCCAGCCCAUGCGACGGAGCCGUUUGAACCACAGCCUGCAUCUUCUUUACAAGAGGGGGAGACCGAGAAGCACUACCGUUACAAACCCCUUGCAAAGGAUGAGAUAAGGUUGAUAGAGAUUCAACCCGGUUCAUAUGGCCCCAUAACUGUCUCCAUAAGCCACGCAUCUUUCCGGAAUCCCCCGAAAUACCGUGCUCUGUCUUACGUAUGGGGCGAUGCAACACGACAACAGCCUGUGAGAUGCAACAACAACCAGCAGGUCUGGGUCACCGAGAACUGCUAUUCAGCUUUGCAGAGACUUCGCCAUUCUGACAAGAAGGUUACUUUCUGGAUUGAUGCCAUCUGCAUUAACCAGAGGGACACGCCUGAACGAAACAGUCAAGUACAAAUCAUGGCCACAAUCUACCGGAAGGCGCAGGGAAUUACCAUCUAUCUUGGAGAAGAGGACCAAGGAAGCGACCUUGCCAUGGAAGCCCUGGAAAAGGCAACUUUCUUGCCAACCUGCGCCAUAAGAGCCAAAUGUACCGAUCCUGCGAAAUCUCAAGACCCCGACGUGGUGGCCUUGAGAAACCUGUUUGCGCGGCCGUGGUUUAAACGGGUCUGGGUCCUUCAAGAAGUCAGGAAUGGCAAAUUUCCAGUCAUCAUCUGCGGGCCCAAGGUACUUCCCUGGAGAGUUUUGGACAAAUUCACCAAGUUCGGCUUUCCUCGCACUUUUGGACUGAUCCCAGUCCCCCUUGACAUCAGAACCGCCUCAAGAGCCGAGGAGAGGUUCGACGCCGAAGGGCUGUUCCGGCGACUAUGCAAAGCACGGGUAUGUCUCGCCACUGAUCCAAGAGACAAGGUAUUUGCUCUUCUGCCAUUGUUUUCCAAGGUGGAUGGAGAUGGCGUCAAGGGCUUUCUGCCUGACUACUCGCGGUCAACAAAGGACACGUUUGUCAACCUCGCCAAAUAUCUUCUUCGGUCUAGUGAGGUUGGGUUCAGUCUACUCUAUGCCACUGAAUCACACUCGAGUCUCGAGGGACUGCCAUCUUGGGUUCCGGACUGGAACUCCAUUCCUCAAACACAAUACAUCUAUAGCCCUGCGCAUCUGACAGCGGCCAUGAGGACAGUUUACAAUACUCACACCUUGGCAAAGUUUCUGCCUGGUAACGUGCUAUCUUUCGGGGCCACCAAUUGGGGUAUCGUCAACCAAAUAGCAAGCACAUGCAACACAGAAGAUCCACGAUGGUCCAAGACGGUGUUUGAGGAAUGGCGUAACUUGGCAUUGUCUCAUGUCCAGACCACAAAAUCGGUAUACACAUUCACAAGGCAAGAGGAGUUCUACUUGUUCCUAGGCCAUGAACUCCCCGAGAUUUUCUUCGGAUCUUUGCGAGCGCACCCUUCAUGGAUCAAAUACGCAUGGGCCGGCCUAUUCUCUGAUUUUGAGACAGCGUGCGAGAACCCUUACGCUCGACCCGAUUACCACCAAGCGACAGAAGCUCUCAAAUUUCAUCUUCGCCUGAAAGAGACGUGCCAUGGCCAGAAGCUUGUCAUGGUGAGCGGAGAGAGCCACAGGUUUUUCACAUAUGCCAUCACGGAUGCUGAAGUACAUGUCGGCGAUAAGGUGGUCCAGGUUGCAAAUCGGCCCAAACCCUUUCAAGCCUUUGGUAUCAUAAUCCGGAAGCGUCCUGAUUCUUCGGAUAAAUACACGCUUGUUGGAAAGUGCCGCCUCCAGUCAGUCGUUCGUUAUGGCGCGUUGGAAGACCCGACGUGGUUCUUGAUAUCUUGA